UGCCUGAGGCAUCUUUAAAACAACCAUGUUUGUCAGAAUCAUGAUAUUAGGAAUGCUCCUUGUUUGUUUGGUCUGGACAGAGAACACUAUAGCUGGCUCCAGUUUUUUAAGUCCUGGACAACCAAAGACACAGCAACGGAAAGUCUCCCAGAAACCUACAACGAAGGUCCAUCGCCGAGAUGCAGAAGCACUUUUGGACGACCAUGGCAGUGAGAUUGAGGGAGGCAGUAAUGAAAUAGGAAUAAAGUUUACUGUUCCCUUUGAAAUUGGCAUGAAAAUCUCAGAAGAUCAGUAUAACAACUAUGGACAAAUAUUGGAGAAGCUCAUGGAAGACAUACUUGCUGAGGAUAAUAAAGGUAAAAUUUCCUCAUUCAAGGCAAACAGGACUCUAAGAACUUAUCCAAGUUCAACAAACAAGGUAUUUGGAGAUUAACAAUUGUUUGAUUCUGUAGUAUACAAUUUUGAGAGUCCUCCCCUUAAUCAAUCCCAUUAACCUCUCUC